AUGGACAUCGAUGUGAUGCCAGCGGUUGUCCUAUCACAAGCACAAGAGGAAGGGUUGCAGAAGUUGCUCCUUACCCUUGGCCCUAAGGGCGUGGAGUACCUCAUCGUCCAGGGCGAAGAAGAGGUUAACAAGCGUAUUCAUAUGCUUGAUGAAUAUAACAAAGCUCUAGUCGAGAAUGUAAAGGCACAAAUGCCUUCUUCUGCUCCUUCGCCCAUUGCGACUAUGGCGCAAGAAGUGGCCCGCAGACCAAACCCAUACAAGUGGAAGUCGCUAAGUUUGACGGCAAGGAAGAUGACAACCUUAUGCUGUGGUUCCGACAGGUUGAGUCGACAUGUUAUAGCCGACAUUACCUAUGAACCGUACCGUGUUGGCUUUGCCACGGGUAAGUUGGGUGGAUCAGCCAAGCAAUGGGCGCUCACAUGUGGUGCAUCACUGCAAGAUGUAUUCUUAACAUGGGCCGAUGUGAAAGUUCAGAUGACCCGGCAGUAUGCACCGCCAAGUCAAGCACACCGAAAUCGGUCGCGGUUUUUGGUGUGUCGCCAAGGCAAGAGUAAGCUUGCGGCAUAUGUACAAAAGUUGAGAACUCUCAUUGCUGCCAUGGUCAUAGACCCUAUGCCUGAGGCAGUUCACGGUCUUCAUGGAGGGCUUCCGAGUUGGCGUUGCCAGAACGGAAGUCUUCCGGGUAAACCGUCUGUGGUGGAGUGGGUUCUUAAGACUGCGUAA